AGUUAUCUCCUCAUGCACUUUCGCAUUUACAAGGUGGAUGACACGUUUGCUGGCAACCACACCAUUGUGAUAAGUACAUUGAAUAAAAGAACUUAUAUAAGACAGAGCCUGAACAGGAUUCUCACAAUAGUGACUUACAAAGCUCUGGCAUUGUGUGAUAAUGCAAGUAACAACACAGAAGUGAUGGUCUCCCUGGGUCAAAGUGUCAGCAUUGAGAUUUGCAUCAGAGAUUCUCUGAACAAUUUAAAGAGUGUUGCAAUAAACGGGCGCAUUAUUGAUACGGGGGAUACUUCUGUUCACAGUAGGAGAAAAUUGUCCAUUAAACAAAACUCCACAGAACUGUAUUACUUAGAAGUGACGAUUGUGAACAUUACAAAAGAAUCGCCUUUUGGUUAUAAUGUUAAAAUAUCAUCUGUUCUUAAUGACGUACUGUCAUACAGCUUCAAAUUGCUACUCACAGGUGUAAGAAAAUAUGUAUUCUAUGUCAUCAAGGCAAGUACGACUACUAAGAAGAAACUACUUGUCCAGAUAUUGAUAAAGCGGAUAACAUGUUUGAUGAUUCUGGAGAACACUAGAAGUUAUGUUAAGGCUUUAGUACAAUUAAUUUUUUGUCUGAAAUAUUGACACAUAUUUUACUAUUAAAAAAAAGGUUUCAUAUCAAUAUGAAAUAUACUCGUCUUGAAGUGAAAUUUAUUAUCAACUCAGGAGGCUGUGUAAAAUACCAAUGAAAAGCUUGUUUUUUUCCUCUUAGUACUAUUAGAAAAGAAAAUGUCACACAUGAACUCCCUUACUAUUUGUGUAGUUUGGUGUGAAGGAUAAACACGUCCAAAAAGUCACUUCGUCUGAGAGACUUUUGAUGAACAUGACUUGCUGACAUUUUGCUUUACAAAGUCUGGAAGUCUAGUUGUUAAAUAUCACACAUCGUCUUGUUUGUAUUGUCUGUCCUCCAUUGUCUGGUUUUAUCUCUUCUAUUGUCCUACUAUGGGUCUGAACACUUCUGGUAAGCCUCAGUGGGUUUUUAAAUUUACCUUUUCAUUAUAUAGGAUAAGACAACUUAUUGAAACAUUAUUAUAUUGAUUUCGUAUUUUAGAAGAAACUAAAAAAAAUAUUCAAAAAUGAGUUUAUGAACUCUUCUACCCUUUUUAAUGGUUUAGCAUCUCCUUUUAGUCUACUUAGAAAAAAAAUUAUAUUAAUGUAUUUUAAAUGCAGUUCCUUUAUUUAAAGAAUUAUUUGAUUUUCUAAACAUUACAAUAGCACUUAACAUAGGGCAUUAAGAUAUGGGCAUACAUAGUCAUUUUAGAAAUAAGAAAUCCUGUUGUUUAUAUGUGUUGUUUUUUGUGUGCUCAUUUACAUUUAAUUUUAUACAUAUAUCUUUUUAAAUAAGACAUUUUCUACUUUGUCUGACGCAGAACAUUCCAUAGAAUGCCUGGAGAUUCAUUUUGCACUCUGCCGAUUCGCUACGCUUCUGUGAAUACGAAAAAAACGUCACCACCAUUCAAACACAUCUCUAUGAACCUGUGAUAAUUCACAUCUGCUAUAUAACAAGCUUUGGUGCUCUACAAUAUUGUGGAAUCGACAGUAAAGUCUAUAGAAUCAAUGCAGCAGAAGACAGAGAGGAUCUAUAUGUCAGUGUGGAACAGUUGAACGACAGUACAAAAUACUUCAUGCAAAUAUAUUUUAGAAAUGUCACACACCAAAUACGCAGCAGAGUUCUGUUGAAAACAAGUCCUAGUCAAAGUCUGAGCUAUGAUAUACAAGUUUCAUUCAAAGAACCAAACUAUCAAAUAAAAAGUUGUAAAGGACACAAAAUUAAAAUAUACUACUACAUUCAUUUCCAAACCAACAUUUCUGUUUGUGCAUUGAUUGCAACCGUUGCAAAGAACAAAACAUGUCUUCAAAGUAUAUCUUAUACAAAACAUGGAAUAACUACACCUUUUAAUGAAGAGUUUAACAAUGUGGACAUAAGUGUAAAUGGUAGUUUUGUAUUUAUUGAUAUUAUAAAUGUGAAUAAGAAUAAUUUCGGGAGAUACGAUAUACACAUUACAAUGUGUGAUAAAACAAUCAUAGAUUAUACUUUUUAUUUACUACAUGACACACUAGGUUUACCAAGUUCUAUAUGUAAUGGUGACACUACAAAUUUUAAUUUCGAGGCAUCAAGAGAUUCUUUGCUAACAAUAUGUUUCAGGACAUUUGGUCAUUUAGAUAGGACUAUAUACAUAAACAAUUAUAGUGUACCAAUAGUUUCAAAUUUCAAAGACCCUCAGGAAUAUCGAGCGGUGUCAGAAUUAAAGUUGAAGAAUAUCUCAGUGUUCAAUAUAUGGAACCAGCAGUUAGAGACGAGAUACAUCCUAAUUCAUCUGGUGGCAACUGAAAAUCAAGAAAUGAGAAUUGAAUUUGAUUCCAGUAACACGGUAUUGGUAUAUAACAUUUAAGCAAACACAAAUCGCUAUCGUUCUGGAUUACAUCAAUGGUACACAAGUGAAAGUCAAAGAAAAUAUCUUGCCAUCAGGCUGCAUGCUCAUAUAGGACUACGCCUUAAAGCUUUUUGGAGGAGAAAACAGCCAUCAUUAGAAAGUUUACGAUUUAUAAGCAAAUCUAUGAAUGACAAUCACAACAGUGAUAAACUUUGUUAUUGUUGAGUAAAUUUGUCUUACAAUCUGUAUAUUAAACAUAACUAAAUUUUUGUAACUAUAGCAAACGAAAUAUAUGUUCACACCAAACAUUAUAUGUGAAAUGUUAUCAUCAGAUAGUUGGAUUGUAUAUAAUUUUUUGAUUGCCUUGGAACAAAGGACUUUUUGUGUAUUUGUUUUUAUAAUCAAUGUCUUGUAUCUCCUAUGUGAUGGUAAAAUGUUAAAAUCCUGGCCCAUAAUUUCUUCAAAUCUGUUUUUGUUUAUAUUUAAAACAUUUUUAGAUUUCUAAUGAAUUGUUUCUCUCAAAUAGUUGUUCUGAUUGGGUUCGUCGCUAUUGACAUUUUUAUCAGCAUUUAGGAUUUUAUGAAGUUUAAUUUUAUUUUUACCGAACUUAUAUCAAGUCACUCUGUCUGUCUGUCUGGUAAAAGCUGUGUACACGUCCCAUGCUAGGAUCAAGAUGAGGAUUUGCAAAUUUGCAAAAUUAUUCAUUGUCAAUUACAACACUAAAGAUUGUUGUUUUUUUUGGACAUAUUUCAGGUCUUAUCAUGAACACCAAAGUUUGUUGAAAUCGUUUAAGGCAGUACCAAUGUACUUAAAGGUAUGCACCUUCCAGACAUUGUCAAGGACAUCAAAUAGUGUUGUUCUUUUGGCACAUCGGCAGCUUUCAGGUAAUGAUCCAGGACAUCAAAGACAAUUGUUCUUUGGCACAUCGGUACCUUUCAGGUAAUGUCAAGGACAUUUUUUUGGCACAUUGACAAAUUUAUGGCUAUGUCAUGAACAUCAAAGUACAUAAAUUUUUUUUUUGAUCACGUGGUACAAAGUUGACAACAGUUUUUGUGAUCUAAAGAUAAAAUAAACUCAUUAGAGAAUGAAGAGGCUUAGCGUAUUAAAAAAAAUACAUUAUCUUGAAGUAAUUUAACUACUCCCACGGGUCAUAUUUGCAUUUCUAAACUUCUAUCCAAUAAACUAAAUGAGAUCUCACGGGCUCAGUUCUAUUUUUUUUUUUACAGUAAUGCAGGAAAAAAGGAUCAGAAAUUAGUUUAUUACAGGAAAAUAGUUGUUUUAUUACAAAUCAUGUUUCUUUAUAGUCAUGGUAAGAUUAAAACUAGAGACAAGAUCUAUUUCGGCUAUUGUAAGUUGAAUGUGGCUUUCACGAGGUGGUUAAAUCCUGGUUAACAGAUGCACGUGAACGAAUGUAUAGGUAUGUGGAUGGUGUGGUGUUAAGUUAGAGAGCGGAUGUUGACAGAGUUAGUGACGGGAGUCUGAGAGAGCUAGUUGAGAGAUGGAAGUGUUAGCGUGUAACGUGGUUUUGUUAGGGUAGGAAAGUUGUUCAUAUCAGAGGUAGUCUGUGUUGCACUUUAUAACUAGCUAUCUUUGUGUCGAAUUGAUCUAAUAACACACAUUGAUAUUAUGUAGAUAUGUUCUAUAGUUUUAUAACUUGUUUAUGAACUUAAUACAUAUUAGUUGAGGCUCUUAGAAAAGUGUAUUAUUUCCCCACUAAUAAAUGUUAAGAUGAUCCUGCAGUCAUAAGACUGAAGUAGGACUUGGAGUUGAUCGCCAGCGAUCCAACCACCUAGACAGCGACCUUUACAACCUCUCAAGGCAACCCCCACAUAGAGACGGUUUGUAACUGCAGUUUAAGCAACUAACUGAAAACCAUUCAGCUUCAAAAGUCAGGCUUACGCAGAUAUCUUAUUACUGUCAGGGUAGAACUUAGAUAAUUGGGGGCAUUAAGUGAAGUGAAUUUAGUGGCCCCUAAUGAAAUUCAAAUAGUAAAAAAUGUACAGGAAAAAAAACCCACUUAAUUUAAAACCUAGUCUACUCCAACAGUAGCUUUUUUCUACCCAAGUGUUGCUAUUUUUUCUCUCAAAAAAAAUGUUUUCGGUUUAGUGCAAGGCUCAUACAAAUCGGAGGCCCUAGGCAGCUGCUUAGUUUGUCUGUGCCUAACGCCUGCCCAAAUUAAAGGAAAGCAGCACACAAUAAAGUGGCCAUGACCUUUUUUCGGAGAACAGUACAGGAAAAAAAAGAAGAGGCAGACAGAGAAAGCGAUGGAAUGACAACAUUAAAAAAAUAGACGGGUCUGCCAUUGAAUAAGAUUAUAUUCAUUACAAAAGACAGGGAGGAAUGGAGUCAGACGAUCGACAGGUAUCCCUACGGUUCAACAGACUAAGUAAUAGGUGAAGUGACGGAUGGGUAGCUCUUUAUAGCUAUAUAUUCUAUUUAUAUAAUUUUUUUUACCUCUGCAUAUGUGUGUCACCCUUCCUGCGGAAACGGACAAUGUAAUGACAGGAAUCAAAGGGUUGAGCAGGUCUGAAGCUAUUCUCGCUCGGCGUUCCAGUACCACCUCAUCGUGGUCGCCGGGUGAACACUCCGCUCUUUAGAGGGGUGGCCCAGGGUACUUGUUGCUUGCCGCUGAUGAAUGAGCAGCCGGCAAGUGUAAAAGGCAAUCAAAGGUUUUACAUCCAGCCCCCCCCCCCUAUGGGGCCCCAGAGCAACGGUGAGUAAAAGACCUAACGGGAUCUCCGAAAAGCUGAUAGCGCUUGACACCAACUCGAGGGUUGGUCGGGGUCUCCUGGGACUCGGCUGAUUCGCGGGUCUCUCUUUGGACAAAGACUGGACUGACUGGCGCGGCCUUAGCGGGCUUCGUCGGGCGGACUGGUUGGCGUCCACGAGCUAGGAUCUAACUAGCCCGUUCCCUGGUGCGCUAGUGGAGGAAUUCGCCGCGACAAAUGGUAUUUCCAAUACUGGGAAUGUCAAAAAACGUGCGCCACCCCACUCCUGCCCUGCAGGAAACUUAUAUGCUCAGAAGCGCUAUUCUUGAAGGCAUUUGUAAAUGUAAAAGAAAAAAAAGGAAAGGAAAAUAUUUGUUUUUAGAAUUUUUCUUUUUUAAGUCCAUUUGUCCCUUAUAAAUCUUACCGACCAGUUUGCAUGCCAUUCAUAUAGCUCUAAUUGCAUUACAGAACAUUUUGUUUUUAGACUUAGCUUUCAUUCAUUUCGUUGGUUUUGUAGUCUUGUUAUAUAUAGGGCAGUGCGUAAUCAAAGAUGUAAAUCUAUAUGUCAUUAAUGGUGUAUUUCACUUAAAUUUUCAGUACCUAAUAGGUAGCAGGUUGGUCAUUUACUUAUUUUAUCACAAUAUAGAUCUAAACUUUUCUUUAGCUAUAAUAAUGUAACACAUUUAUAUAUUUAAAAAAUAUAUAUUUGUACAGAUUAGCAGCACCAGAAAAAUACAAGGCACAAGGUUCAAUACUUUUAUGUUAUAAUUUACAGACGUUCCUUCCUAAGUUCCCCUUUCAGACCUAGCGAUCUAUAGGGCAGAUGAUGUAAAGGUCAUCUGUUUCUGUGGCCAACGGUUAACGAAAGUGUCAUGUGGCCAGCACAACGACAAACCGCCUUUACUUUUCCUCAACUAAGGUCAGGUACCCAUUAGAUCUGGGUUGACUCGAAGGCGCCCAAAGGUCCGAAAAUUGAAAAUCCCAGGUUCGGAAAUCAGUGUGCACAACGCAGUGUCAGUGCUUAUAGACAGGGGAGAGUAAAUCUAUAGAAUUGUUUACAUUCCAGUCAAGGACAGAGGGAGGAGCUUCUUGUGUAGAAGGAAUUCUUUUUUAACAGUACAUCUACAUAGAGACAUCUUAAAGUUCGAACAGAUUUUCAAUGGCCAGGACAUAUAUUUUGUUUUUAAUCAUUCUUGGCCACUUUCGUGAUUCUGUGACAGAGGUAGUGUACCUUAAUCCUUAUACUAAACAGAGUUAUUCUGGCUGCCAGGAAGGAUUUAUAGAUGGAUUAGAUAGAUACAUAUACAAUGGCACUCUUGAUACAACAUCUCAACUUUUAAACAUAAGGCAGAUUGUUAGAUUUCAGAUGCAAACCUCAUCAUUAACUGGUUAUAAUACAGUUUGCCAAGUUUCCAUUUAUCCAAAUUGUGAUAAUACCGAUAAAAUGGAUGCGUGCUACUGUAGAAAUUUACAACAUUCUAAGGUGGAAUUGAUUUUGAAUCUUACAGCAACCAUGAUAUUUUCUAAUGGUACCUUGAGAAUAGAGUGGCCUCAAAUUUUUAGCUCUUCAGACAUAAGUAAUGAACAUCCAAUUCCUAUUACCUAUGCACAACCUGUUGCAACACUUAAAGUGGAUAAUGUUACUGUGAGUCUUGAUGAAUGUAACAUUCAAUUAACAGCAGCAACACAUUGGAUAGAAUGGUGUGUCACAGGACUAAGUUCUCCUAUUCUGACCUUGAAUAUCUCAGCUACCACCCUGCAGUCACAAAGCGAAUGUAUUCGGUACACAUACACGAACAGUAGCAGUGAGAGAAAUCCAAUAAACUUGAGUGUUUCCUAUCUCGAGCUAGAUGGAUGUAGAAGAACAAACAGAACAUAUUGUUUCUUGAACAGCCACAUUGGCGAUUCUGUGACAGAGGUAGUGCACCUUAAUCCUUAUACUAAACAGAGUUAUUCUGGCUGCCAGGAAAAAUUUAUAGAUGGAUUAGAUCGAUACAUAUACAAUGGGACUCUUGAUACAACAUCUCAAGAUUUAAGCAGGAGGCAGAUUGUUUACUUUGAGAUGCAAACCUCAUCAUUAACUGGUUACUAUAUAGUUUGCCAAGUUUCCAUUUAUCCAAAUUGUGAUAAUACCGAUACAUUGGGUGCGUGCUACUGUAGAAAUGUACAACAUUCUAAGGUGGAAUUGAUUUUGAAUCUUACAGCAACCAUGAGAUUUUCUAAUGGUACCCUGAGGAUACUGUGGCCUCAAUUUGGUAGCUCUUCAGACAUAAGUAAUGAAGAACUAAUUCCUAUUACCUAUGCCCAACCUGUUGCAACACUUAAAGUGGACAAUGUUCAUGUGAGUCUUGAUACAUGUGAUUUUCAAUUGACAACAACACAUUUGAUAGAAUGGUGUGUCACAGGACUCCAUUCUUAUAUUCUGACCUUGAAUGUUUCAUCUACUGGCCUACGGUCACACAAUGAAUGUAUUAAGUUCACGUACACGUUUAGCAGCAGUGAGUGUAGCCCAAUAAACUUUAGUGUUUCAUAUCUCGAGCUAGACGGACGUAGAAGAGCAAACAGAAAAUCUUGUUUCUUGGACAUCCCUGUAGAAGAAAUGCAAUGAAACUAAUGAGACUUUAAACUUGCUUUCUUGUUAGAGCUGGUUAUCAAUACAAAGCCAAGAGAUCUCCAGUAACAUGCUAUUAACAUUAAGCAUAUAAACGAAUAUUUUUUUCAUUUUAGAUUUACACUACUUUUUCAUUUAUAAUAAUAUAAAUCAAAUAACUUUAUAUAAUAGCUUUUUUUAAAAUACAUUUCCCAUAUACAAACAUAAAGUUGGAAACAACCAAUCAGCCUAUAUCAAAUGUUGGUUGCAGCUGGUGUGACUUCUGGGUGUGCUAAGUUAAGUGAAGGAAGAUGGUCUUAUUAUUAUUAUCAUCUUAUUUUAGUGUACCAAUUAAUUUUCAGGCUAUAGCAAACUAGAACUGCAGAAUAACUAUUUAAAUUAUCUGAAGCCAAACUGUUACAUGUUUUCAGGCUGAUAAUUAAAAGGGUGAACGCUGAAAAUAUAAAUUCUUCCUUUUCUGAACAUCAGCACAAUAUCUUGUCUAUCACAAUGCUAACUCCUGUUAUAAGAGAUUCAUAUUGCAGGGCUUACUUCUAUACAGUUUUGGUAAUGUGUACUUGAGAUUUUUAAACAAUUUUUGGAGAGUCAUGUUAUGUAAUUUUUCCUUUUCGUUGUAAUUUUUGAUUUGUCAAAAAUAACUGCACUUAUGAUACAAUGGCUUAAAUUUUUAGUCAAAUGGUAGAGAGAGUGAAGAAUUUUACCAAUCUGUGAGCUACCAGUACACCAAAAAUUAAAUGUUCUUUAAAAGAAUGAAGAAAAAACAAAUAUAAAAAAUUCAUGAUAAUUUAUUUAAUACACACA